GGAAACCCGAAUCGCCAGCUUUUCCCAUCUCUUCUCGCAACUCUUCAUCAUGUCCGCCAACCUGGAUAAAUCUCUUGACGACCUUGUCGGCAACCGCCGUCAAACCGCUCGCCGUCGCGGCAACCGCCGUGCUGCUACAGCAGCUAAGCCCUCCGUUGGAGGUGUGAAGAAGUCUGCCAAGGCCACCAAGCAGGGCGCAAAGGCUGUCCACCCUACUCCUGCUGCUCCAACUGCUUCUAGCAAGAUCAUCGUUAGCGGACUGCCUGCCGAUGUGACUGAGGGCAAUAUCAAGGAAUACUUCAACAAGUCUGCAGGUCCCGUUAAGCGGGUGAUGCUUACCUACAACCAAAACGGAACCAGCCGCGGCAUUGCUUCGAUCAUCUUCGCCAAAGCCGACACUGCUGCCAAGGCUGCUAAGGAGCUUAAUGGGCUCCUUGUCGACGGUCGUGCCAUGAAGAUCGAGGUUGUCUACGAUGCCUCCCACGCGCCUGUGGUCCCCGCCCCUAAGCCCCUCAACGAGCGCAUUGCUGCCCAGAAGCAAAAGUCCAAGCCCAAGCCCGCCACUGCUAACAAGGCGGCUAACCCCAAGACUACUGCUACCCGUGGUCGUGGUGGUCGCGGCCGCAACCCCGGCCGUGGGAAGCCCAAGAGCAUCGAGGAGCUCGAUGCCGAGAUGGUUGACUACUUUGCUGGUGGUGAGAGUGCCCCUGCUGGCAACAGUGCCCCCGUCAACGGCGCUGCUCCGCAGGCCAACGGUGGUGAGGACCUCGGUAUGGCCGAGAUUUCGUGAAUGUCUUGACAACGCAUCGCACAUAACGUCUUUUGCUGUCCCUUAUCAGGCAUGAUAUGGGAUCCUGGCUUUUUCUCUUGGGGGACUUGAUAGUUGAUGCGCGGGCCAUAUCUUCUGCCGUUCUCCCCCUUCUUUCUUACCUGUUUCUUAUUUUUUUUUUUUGCUUUCGUCUUUCCGCAUUUGUUUUAUCUGGGAUUUUUCUUCUUGUUAUGGGA